GCUGGACUGGUGACCUGUGCGACGUGCCGAUCUGUCGCAAGGGUUGCGACCCCCUCCAGGGUUACUGCCGCCGACCCGGGGAAUGUCGCUGUAAAUUGGGCUUCUACGGCGAACUAUGCGACAAGUGUGUGGCCCUGCCGGGAUGCCAGCACGGCAGCUGUAACGUGAGCUUCGAGUGUGCUUGCGACCCAGGCUGGAAGGGGAUGUUCUGCUCGGAGCCGAUCUGCGCCGGCGAUUGUCUGUCCAGCCAAGGGUACUGCGAGAAGCCCGGCGAGUGCAGUCGAAGAUGCAUCUGUCCACUGGGUUACAUGGGACGGCAGUGCCAGAUUAAGACGAUGGUACCAUCGACGGAACUGAUACCACCUAUGCCGGAGCUAAAUAAUACAGACUCGAAUCCACAAUUGGUUUUGAUACACUCGCAAGAGAAUGGGAAUGAUAAUGAGGAGCAAACGGCGGAACCUCUGGGUCCGAUAGUUAUCACGGACCCACCGACGACCAUCGAUCCAGCAGCGACCGUAGGCAAGUGGCCAACCGAACCGCCCACAGAACCACCGGCCACGGAAAGGGACGACGAGAACGAGACAUAACAGGGCUUUUAAUCGAGUCUUUGGCUGUUAUUUAUUGAAUCUAUUUAUUUAUUUAUUUAUUCACAUUUGAGUAAUUAUUGUAAUGAGACACGGAUGGAUGUUACUCAGAUUUUGUAACAUCGACUAUUGAUAUUCUAAAUAAAUGUGUUAUAAGCAUAAUAGCAUUUAAAAAUCUCUUUGACUAAUUCUUAUUUCCAGUCGAAAUAUUUCUAAUUCACAUGAUUUUUUUCUUUUAUCAUUUUUAUCCACGUUACUCAGAAUGUUGCUAUCUACGGUCAAUUAUUUGUUACAUUGUCUACAACGUAAAUGAUAUAAAGUAUCUCCGGCUGUCUAUACCCUCUUGAUACAUACGUAAAUGCGUACGGACAUUCCCGGGAAACGUUACGGUCGAAUGGGCACGCAAUCGAUGUUGCUAGAUGCAUAUUGCACGCCGGGCCUGCCUGUGUCGAUACUCACACACGUCCAAAUCGACAGCCCACGUAAAUCGACCGUCUCAAGAAUCGUUACGUAACGUCACGUUUUUACCUCAGCUUCGUAGAUUCACUUCAGUGAAUGCGGAAUCCAAGAAAAUGCGAUUUCCCAGUACUUUGGAUAGAUAGAAAUUUCAAAAAAUUUAUAUAUAUGUUAUACGUUGAAUUCGCUGUUAAUUAUUAAAUUAUGAAGUAAAAAUAAAAUGCUUUUGCUUUUGAUUUGAGAAUUAGCUUAGGCUGAUUUCGCUGCGGGGCAAAUAAUUUAUGUAUUUAAGUCGAACCUCAGGUAUUUGCGUACUACGGUUAGUUCGCGUGAAUUACAGAAUGACAUAUAUUACCGUUUUGCUCGACUGCGCUGCUGAUCGAGGUCUGUCAAUGAUAGUCAGACUCAUAGUUCAGCUUUUAAUUUAUUGUUGAAAACUGGCACUGUUAUAGAUUCCGCAUGACGAAGUAUAAUUAUGUAAUAGGAAGCAACUUUCUUUCCAACUGUUUCUAUUUCGAUGCACGGGUAAAUGUGUCAGCUAACAAUGAGAGAAAAGAAAUAGCAUGGAGGGGUGACAUCGUGCAUCGUAAGUUGGAUUACGACCUCGUUACAACCUUUGGAUUUAUUCGUAUGCCACACACGAUUCUUUGUGACUACAUGUAGAUUAUAGAGCUUCAUAUUCUCUCGACCGGUUUUCGAAACGUUAAAUCUAACAUUUUACCGACUUCCUCCUUCGAGAAUUAUUGGUACCAGGCUUUUGUGUAUGUAUCUUGUUUUUAACUUCGAUCCGUACCGGUUCUAACAUAAUAAUUGCGUUC